AUGUCAGCAUACAUGCUUGCUAACUUGUGUGAUGUUGUGGCAAAGGGCACUAGAACAUCUACCGGCUUCAAGAAGUGUCACUAUGUUGCUUGUGCCAAAGCGUUGAAUGAUCAUUUUCAUCUUAGCUUGACUGACACACAGAUCAGCAAUCAUAAUAGGACAUGGAGGAGGAAAUAUCAGAAGAUAGUGAAACUGAAGCAACUGAGUGGGGCAGGAUGGGAUGAAGAGAAGUUUAUUAUUGUUCUUGACCAUGAGCAUUACACAAACCAUAUUCUGGAUCACAAGGAGGAUGAACCUUUCCUUAACAAGCCUAUUGAGCAUUUUGAAGAGAUGGCUACAAUUCAUGGAGGAAGCAUGGCCACGGGGCAAUUUUCUAGAGGCUCAAGUGAGCCUCUAGCAUCAAAUAAUGUGGUUCAUCUUGAUGAAGAAGUAGCUGCCACACCUGACGAAGUUGGCCAAUCACAGAAUGUUGGUGAGUCCUCGGCUCCCAAACAGAAAAAGGCCAAAACUAACCCUUCUACGGAUGCGGGGCUGCAAGCAACUCUCUUGGCUUGUAGUGAAAGACUUGCUAUUGCUAUAGAGAAGACGGCUGACACCAACAACAACUCUACACUUGAGCUUUGGGAGAACAUGAAAAAACUCCCAGGUUUUGGUUUGGAUUUCCUAGCUCAUUACUAUGCCUACUUGGUUGAGAAUCCUCGCACUGCAACAGCAUUUCAAGUGUUGGAGAAUGAGCAAAAGAUGAUAUGGGUUGCUAGGUAUGUGAAAAAUACAUUCCCAGAUAUUGUUCAAAGUGUUGAUCCAACUGAUGGAGGAGCCGACGACUGAAGGCUGUUUGUGUGUGGUACCUGAAUUGUCUUUUUGAUGACAACCAAGCAUUAGGCUACGAGUUGGACAUAUGGCUACUUAGAUGGGUGACUUUUGAUGACAAGCAAACAUUGAACUAUGUGUUGUAUGAACUUGUUGAACUAUGGCAUGUAAUAGUUGCAGCUAGGUAAGUAAUGUUUAGUACGAUAUCGCAUUAUGAAAUUAGACUUUGAAA